CUACUACAGCUUCCUAUCCAUUAUUCGAGUAAAUUCUGCAUAUCACCCGUCUUCGUCCACACCACCUACCGUGACCACUGCUUGGCACGUAUCCUCACCGUUGACACCUUCCCUGGCAAUGGCCCAACUUCGGCUACUACUCAAGCCAGAGAAUAAAUCGGAGCCCAACCAACCCCUCUCUUUAAAAUCUGGCUUCUGAAUGGCGGUUGAGACUGACGGACCGCUUGUUCCUACAUCGGUUCUUUUCCGGUUCUUCAGCGAUAUCGCGGGGUCUCCGCAUUCUCCACGCUGCAUGCACUCUGGACAACAUUCCUUGUCAAGGACCGGGGUUGUACGGGGAUACUAUGCUACGAGAUCAUUAGUUCGAAGCUGUGGAUGAAUGAGAGUUAUGACAUCAGUCAAACCCUAGGGAAUGAAAGGAAGUUGGGUAUAAAGGCCGGGUCGAUAUGAGGCUGGUGUCAGAGUAGUCCUCGUUUCCACUGCAAGUUCAAGCGUCAUGUUGGUCAGCUUCUUAUUCUUGUCCCUUUGGGCUGCUCUACAGGCCUUUGCGCUCCCAGUAUCAUCAAAUUCGUCAUGCUCGGCUACUCAGCCGGCGCACACUCGUCCUCGGGUUUUGAUCCUCACCGAUAUCGCUAAUGAACCGGAUGAUGCCGAGUCGCUUGUCCGUCUCUUGGUCUAUUCCCACCAGUUCCGCCUCCAAGGCUUCGUUGCGACCACAAGUUACUGGCUCAACUCCUCUACUCAUGAGGACCAGAUCAUCCACACCCUCAAGGUCUACGGCAAUGUCUUGCCUAAUCUGAAGACCCAUGCCGAUGGCUGGCCCGAGGCCGAAUUUCUGAUUAAUAAUACCAAGGCUGGUCUACCAGUCUAUGGAAUGGACGGUGUAGGAGAAGGCAAAGACAAUGAUGGAUCUGAGCUAUUGAUCCGUACCGUUGAUGCAUCGGAUGAGAUCCUCUGGCUGCCUUGCUGGGGGGGUACAGCGGUUCUGGCACAGGCACUGUGGAAGAUUAAUGCCACCAGAAGCGUGGACGAGAUUGAGAAUUUUGUAAAGAAGCUACGUGUAUACGCCAUCUCAGACCAAGACAAUACAGGACCCUGGAUUCGUCGUCAUUGGCCGCAGUUGUUUUAUAUCGCUAGUGUCCACCAGUUAAAUAUAUAUGCCCUUGCGGCAUGGUCGGGCAUAUCCGGUGAAGACUACUAUUAUUUUGAGCACACCGGCGCCAACACUUCCUCGAUUUCGAAGGAAUGGGUAAAAGAACAUAUACAGAAUGUGGGAGAGCUGGGUGCGCAGUACCCAGAAUUUGACUAUAUCCCGGAGGGUGAUACACCAACUUUCCUCUAUCUUAUUCAGAAUGGGCUUUCCGAUAUCGAACACCCAGAAUGGGGUUCCUGGGGUGGUCGUUACGGACCUGUAUGCUAUGGCGAAGGCCAUUAUGCCGACACAGCAGACCUCAUCACCGGCCCCGAUGGCAUCAAACGCUCCUCAUCACAAGCCACCAUCUGGCGUUGGCGCUCAGCCUACCAAGCCGAUUUCGCAGCUCGCAUGCAAUGGUCGAAUACGGACCGAUUCGAAGACGCCAACCACGCACCCGUGGCUAUUGUCAACCAGCGUUGCGGGUUGGCUCCGGUGGAUAUUACCAUGCGACCUAACCAAACGCUUCAGUUGAAUGCCGAUGCCUCUUACGACCCGGAUGGCGAUCAAAUCUCGUUCAAGUGGUGGCAGUAUGUUGACCCGUCGGACACGGAGUGGCCCCCAUCCACCGAUGCCUUGUCAUUGAAGAUCCGGGGUUCGACAUCGCCGAACCCAACUAUUACUCUUCCGUCAGAAAACAUCCUGUGGCAGGCCGGUGGAGCGCGCGGAUACCGUUUGGAGAGAACGUUGCAUUUGAUUCUGGAAGUCAGCGAUGGGGCCUUGGUUUCGUACAGACGGGUCUUGGUCAAGUUCAACAUUCCCCGUCCGGCAGAGUAACCGCACAGACAAAUACAACAUUUUGUAUAUACCACAUCUAUCUAUCUCAACUAUACAAAACUGACAUUUACA